AUGGCAAAACGGAAGUUAGAGGAAAAUGAUAUUUCUACCAUUGAAGAUGAUGAAUUCAAGUCCUUUUCCGAUCGAGAUGAACAAAUAGAUGAACUCAGCAACGGCCAUGCAAAGCAUAGAGAGAACAACGCACAGGAGAGUGAUGACCACAGUGCAAGUGAAGACGACGAUGAUGAAGACGAUGAGGAAGAGGGAGAAAAAUCAGUACAACCACCUAAUAAGAAACAAAAAAAGCAGCUUUCUGCACAAGAUGUCCAAGUAGCCAGAGAGACAGCUGAAUUAUUCAAAUCUAAUAUAUUUAAACUUCAGAUUGACGAACUAAUGAAAGAAGUGAAAGUAAAGAAAGCUCACGAAGAAAAAAUUGAGAAAGUAUUGCACCGUUUGCAUGAUUUGAUUAAACAAGUGCCACCUGUGGAAAAUCUAACUUUACAACAAGCAGAACAACAUUUUAAUCCCAAGAAAUUAGUCAUCCCAUUUCCAGAUCCCAAACCAACAAAAGUAAACUAUAGAUUUUCUUAUUUGCCACUGGGAGAUCUUUCUUUGGUUGGGUCGUACGGAUUAAAAACAGCUAUUAACCAACCACAUGGACAAAGUAUCGAAGUAGCACUAACUAUGCCUAAAGAAUUGUUUCAACCAAAAGAUUAUUUAAAUUAUAGAGCAUUAUAUAAAAAGUCAUUUUAUUUGGCAUACUUGGGUGAGAAUUUAAUCCAUUUGUCGAAAAAGAAUAAUUUGCCGAUCAAGGUGUCGUAUCAAUUCUUCAAUGACGAUGUAUUGAACCCCGUCUUAAAAAUAGAGAGUAUCCAAACUGAAAAUCCCGAAGAUUUGACUUUUACUAAAACUAAAAUUGCUAUUAAUUUAAUAGUAGCAUUCCCAUUUGGUGUUUUUGACUCGAAAAAGCUACUUCCUGAUAAAAACUGUAUCCGUGUGCAAUCAGACACCGAGACUUUGCCACCUACUCCAUUGUACAAUUCUAGCGUGUUAUCACAAACAUCCUACGACUAUUAUUUAAAGUAUUUAUAUACCACCAAAAAAUCAACAGAAGCAUUCAAAGAUGCAUGUGUGUUGGGAAAACUUUGGUUGCAGCAAAGAGGGUUCAAUUCGUCUCUCAAUAAUGGGGGGUUCGGUCAUUUUGAAUUUGCUAUUUUAAUGAGCGCGUUGUUGAAUGGAGGUGGAUUAAACGGUAACAAGAUAUUGUUGCAUGGAUUUUCCUCAUACCAAUUAUUCAAAGGUACCAUCAAGUACUUGGCUACAAUGGAUCUAAAUGGAGGGUAUUUAUCUUUCUCGUCUUUAAUUGGAGAAAACAUUGCAUCGAAAUACAAAUCAGAUGGGUUUAAUGUUCCUACCAUAUUCGAUAAAAACACCAAAUUAAACAUCUUAUGGAAAAUGACCAAGAGUUCUUACAAGAGUCUUCAAUUGCAAGCACAACAGACUUUGGAAUUAUUGAAUGACGUUGUAAAAGACAGAUUUGACGCCAUUUUGCUUCAAAAGUCUGAUUUUGAUCCGAUGAGAUACGAUAUUGUCUUCAAGUUAUCAGCACCUGAAGAGUUGUACGAUUCUUUUGGUCCAUUGGAAAAGAUAGCAUACAUUACUUUUGAUAAUUAUUUCAAGAGCAGAUUAUUUGCAAUUUUAACAAAAGCAUUAGGUGAAAGAAUAGAACUGAUUGUUAUUAAAAAUGAACACCCUUCAAACACAUUUGCCAUCCACAAGAGAAAGCCAUCACACACAAGCUCAACCUUUGUUAUUGGUUUGCAAUUAAAUCCAGAAGAAUGUGACAAAUUAGUAACCAAAGGUCCGAAUAAUGAAGAUAAGGAUGCUGGUAUCAAAUUCAGAUCCUUUUGGGGGAACAAAGCAUCUUUGAGAAGAUUCAAAGAUGGAUCUAUCCAACAUUGUGUUGUUUGGAAUAUUAAAGAUCAAGAGCCAGUGGUAAUGAACAUUAUCAAAUAUGCUUUAGAUACUCACUUGCAAUCUGAAAUAUCACAACAUUUGGCAUCUCUGAUCAGUUAUUUUGAUAAGAAAUUGCCAGUUCCAUUAUUGCCUUCAGCAACAAAUCAAGUGAUCACAUCUUUAAGCAGCUUUACUGCUUUAAGGAACUCAUUUGAAAACUUGAGUAAAGUCUUGACAAAUUUAGAGUUACCACUUAGUGUGAAGACAGUUUUGCCCGCAUCAUCUGGUUUAAGAUACACGUCAGUAUUACAGCCAGUGCCAUUUGCAGCAUCCAACCCUGAUUUCUGGAACUACUGUGUAUUACAAUUUGAGACUUCAACAAGAUGGCCAGAUGAACUAAGUGCAUUGGAGAAAACAAAGACGGCAUUUUUAUUGAAAAUUAGCGAAGAAUUAGCUGAAACAGAAUACAAUUCAUUUAUUUCAAAAGAUGAAUCAGUACCUUUCAAUGAAAAUAUAACUUUGUUGAACAUUUUAACUCCAGAAGGUUACGGAUUCAGAAUCAGAGCUUUUACAGAACGUGACGAAUUGUUAUACUUGAGAGCAGUAUCAAACGCAGACAAACAGAAAGCGUUAGUCCAAGAUGUUUAUUUGAAAUUCAAUGAAAAAUAUAUGGGCUCAGUAAAGCACACCAGAUCUGUAACACAACUUGCACAACAUUUUCACUUUUAUUCACCAACUGUCAGAUUUUUUAAACAAUGGUUGGAUUCCCAAUUACUUUUGCAACAUUUCAGCGAAGAAUUGGUGGAACUCAUUGCUUUGAAACCAUUUGUUGACCCAGCUCCAUACUCAAUUCCCCAUUCUGUUGAAAAUGGAUUUUUACAAAUUUUGAAUUUCCUAGCCAGCUGGAAUUGGAAAGAAGACCCAUUAGUUCUUGACUUAGUUAAAAGUUCUGCUGAUGAUGAUAUCAAAUUAAGUGAUAAGUUAACUAUACAAGCACAUAGAAUCAUUGAGCAAAAUUUUGAAAAAAUUAGAAAAACAGACCCUUCAGGUAUUAAAACACAGUAUUUUAUUGGAUCGAAAGAUGACCCUUCUGGAAUAUUAUGGUCUCAUAAUUUAACUUUACCAAUUUCUACUAGGCUAACUGCAUUGUCUCGAGCUGCCAUCCAGUUGCUUAGAAAGGAAGGCAUUACUGAAACCAACUUGGAUUUGAUAUUUACUCCAGCAUUACAGGAUUAUGACUUCACUAUUAAGGUCAAGGCGAAUAACGUUACUACUUCUUCAGGUAUUUUACCACCAAACACAUUUAAAAACUUAAUUCAACCAUUAACUUCAUUCCCUGAUGAUAUAACUACAAAAUACGAUUUGGUUCAAGGUUAUGUUGAUGAAUUGAAUAAAAAAUUUGGUAAUGCUAUUAUAUUUUCAAGUAAAAAGUUCACAGGUUUAUGCAAGAACAAUGAAAACGUCAUUGGUGGUAUUUUUGUUCCUACCAACUUGACCAAAAAGAAAUUCAGGGUCAAUUUGGGCAUUAACGUUAAACCUUUGGAUGAUAAAGGAGAUGAAGUUAUAAUCAACACCAGCUCCAUAUACGAUGAAAUUGAAUUACUUGGUGGAGAUUUAAUUAAAGCAUUCGAUAAACGUAAAUAA